ACCCAUAAAAAGGAGAUCGCGUUUAUGCACAAACCGAAAUCAGGAGAAAAAAUGGCGGAGGAAGGAAAAGCGCCAACGUCGCCGGCGGCUGCAGAUGCGCAUCUUUUUGGCUUACUCUCUAAUCUCCUUCAGCAGGUGGAAUCACUGACCAAUCAAGAAGAAGUGGAGUUGCGGGCUAAGAUUGAAGCUCUUGGACUUGAGGUCCGAAAACUUCCUUCAGAAUCUGCUCAACAUCUUAAUGAGGUUGAGAUAGCAAAAGAGUUGGACAAAUUGUCCGCAAAGCUUGAUCAUGUUGAUGAGUUGAUAUCUUCAACAAUGGCUGAAGACCCGCAGGUCCGUGCUCUCUUAAGCACCACAGCUGAUGUCUGGAUGCCGGUUAUUACCGCAACCUCUGAUGAAAGACGUACUUUUACAUCAAUGGCUGGAGAAGAUGGUGUUGGAGGAAAAGAUCAAAACUCAGAGAAAUUGUAGCUUCUGAAUAUACCAAUAUGAAUUCUUUAUUACAUGAGAACGAGAUGAGAUAAACCUUUUAUAUCCAUUUAACUCAGGCCUAGAAGCGUACGGAGUUGAAUAUGUGAUAAUGUGUGUGAUGUAUGUUACUAGAGACGUGAGUUACAUUAUUGAAGAUGUAUAAUAACAAGUCCAUUUAUUCUCA